AUGGCUGAAGGCAAUGACAAAAACAAGAAAAAUAAUGAUAAAAUAAACAAUAGCACUGAAAAAAGUGAUAAAUCAUUCGUAAAUAUUGUCAAUGAAAACUCGAUAAGACAAUCUCUAACAAACCUAAAGACCAAGCACCUAAAGAACCAAGCACCUAAAGAAAAAGCAAGUGAAAAUAUUUUAGAAUUUAUUGAAGUGAAAUCUAGAAAAAAUGACCAAACAAAAUCUGUUUUAUUGAAUAAAAAUCACGUCGAAAAACCACUCAGUAACAAAAAUCUCAUUGCUUUUAAAACAAUUAUAAAUACACAAUCCGCUAUUGAGCUUGAAAAGUUAAAAAAAACAUCAAGCCUGCAGGACGAUCAUUUAAAGAGCGCCAUGCACCAACAAGCAUUAAAAAAUAAAGUUGCAUUGGACAGCGGAAUUAACGCUUCUGAUAAAAUUAAUUCUGAACACGUUAAAAAAAAUUCUAAAAAACUGAAAAUCAAAACUGAAAUAUUAGAAGCGAAACCAAAAAUUUUACCAGACAUUUUUGACGUAAAUGAUAAAAUUAUUGAAAGUAAAAAUUCUCAAAUUGGCAAAAAAAGUGCUACAACUAUAAACAAAUACUUUGAAAAAGGCAUUGGUAUUAAAAACACGUUUAACAAUAUAGGAGCAAAAGUUGAAAAUGAUGAGUCGUCUACAUACCGAUCUAUUUCAACUUUGAAUCUUUCAGUAAACAAAGCUAUCCAAAUUAAAAAAUCAGCAAUCGUGAAAACAGUCGAGAAACUCAAGUCCAGUACUAUUUUGAGCGAAAAAUUUAGUAGCACCUGGACACAUAUAGACGACCAAGAAAGUGGCAAACCAUUCCAUAUGGAAGGAGAGCUGUAUGUAAAAUAUUUGUUGACAACUGAUGAAUUGCUGACAGGUUGA